AUGUGGGCCGGUGUGGGUUUAGCAGCUUCCUUGUCGUUGUCAGUUAUUGGAGCCGGCUGGUAAGUUAAGUUUAACUGUUUGGAUUCAUAUUCUUAGGGGAAUUUUCACAACGGGUUCGUCCAUUCUCGGUGGAGGAGUCAAAGCUCCGCGCAUCCGAACAAAGAAUUUGGUAUCUAUCAUCUUCUGUGAGGCCGUCGCCAUUUUCGGUAUCAUCAUGGCCUUUGUGUUUGCUGGGAAAUUGUCUGUAAGUUAUUCGUAAAGCUGUUAUUUUACUCUUUAGCCAUUCGAUCGUGCUGCUGUUGAUAUUACCACCGACGCUGGCCGAUUGAUUUUGUCCCGAAACUUGGCCUCGGGCUAUCUUCUUUUUGGUGCCGGUUUGACCGUUGGUUUCAGUAAUCUUGUUUGCGGUUUGGCCGUUGGUAUUGUUGGAUCCGGAGCAGCUCUCGCUGAUGCCGCUAACCCGGCUCUCUUUGUAAAGAUCCUUAUUAUCGAAAUCUUUGCUAGUGCUAUCGGUCUUUUUGGUAUGAUCAUCGGUAUUGUUCAGGUAAGCUUUUGAUUUUAUUUUUUCUUAUUUUAUGGUAAUUGAAUUAUCUUCCUUGUUUAGACGAACAAGGCACAGUUUGGCAACUCAUAG